AUGAGGUCGAUGCUUAAGGAUCUGGGGAUGAAAGCGAAGGCUAUUCAUGCUUGUGAGAAUCAUUGUAUUCUGUAUUACGAAGAGAAUGAAGAUUCAGUAGAGUGUCCGGUAUGCAAAACUAUGAGGUUUAAGUUGAAAUCUACCAAAGAUGAUCGAGCGCAAGUUUCAUCUGAAUAUAUGCGUCAUCCAAUCAAUUCAUCUCAGUGGGCACAAAUGAAAAUGAAGUUUCCGUUGUUUGCCGCGGAAGGAAGAAAUGUUUGGCUUGGAAUAUCAACAUAUGGGUUUAAUCCUCAUGGUGUACAGACUUUGAGUUGGAGUUGUUUGCCUGUGAUCCUUGUGGUUUAUAAUAUCCCGCCUUCUAUGUGUAUGAAGUCUGAAUUCCAAAUGAUGACUCUGUUGAUACCUGGGCGGGUAUUUUACUCUGAGAGCAACUCUGAUGUUGGCAUUCAUGACUUGCCUGCUCAAGGUGUUUUAAGUGGAUGUACCACUCAUGGAUACUGUGCGUGUGUUUGUUGCACAGACGAAACUCGAAGUACUCAUCUAGGUUACGGAAUCAAGAUUGUGUACACUAAUUAUCGUAUAUUCCUUAAGAAAAGUGCACCGCUGGGACUAAUAGGAGCGCAGUCGCUUGAGAAGUUUGCCGAUGUUCAUUACGAACCUGGUAAGUUAGUGGUCCGCGAUACAGGUAAACAAAAGAGAUAUCAGUAUGAUGAAGAGGAAGGUGAUUCUGAGCUUGUCACAGGUGCUUUCUUCAAGAAGUGUAUUCUUUGGGAACUUGAGUCGUAUUUUGCCUUGACUAUAUGGCAUUGUGUCGACGUGAUGCACACGGAAAAGAACGUCAUGGAACACAUUAUCUACACUAUAUUUGAUAAGGAUAAUAAGGCUAUUGUUGCAUGGAACAAUCGUGACAAAUUGAAGGAGAAUAAACUAAACUGUGGAGAGUGGAAAGAGAAGAAAACAAAGAAAGGAGUAGAGAUGGUUCUGCUGUUUGUUUUGAGCAAAAAAGAGAAAACCGAUUUUUGCCAGAUUCUUAAAGAUCUGAAAUUUCCCACAGGAUUUUCGUCGAAUAUAAGUAAAAAUGUAAAUAUGGAGCAAUUGAACUUGAGCAUCUUGAAGUCGCAUGACUACCAUGUGAUUAUGGGGUACUUAUUACCUGUUCUGCUUCAACAUGCCUUUCCAGGAGAGAAAGACUUGCAUACUGCGCUUCAACAAGUCAGUUUGUAUUUUAGAAUUUUAUGCUUAAAGGUGGUUAGCAGAGAGUAUCUGAACCAGGCUAAGUGGAUGAUUGCAGAGGCCAUGUAUGUGCUCGAAAAAUAUUUCCCGGCUGGUUUUUUUGAUAUAAGCGUGCACAACAUGGUUCAUUUGGCUGAUGAGGCCUUAGUUUGUGGACCUGUUAGGUAUCGAUGGAUGUACCCAUUCGAAAGGGCAAUGAAGGAGUGCAAAAACAUCCCAAAUAACAACAGAUACAUUGAAGGGUCAAUUACGAAGUCUACUGAAAUGGAUGAAUGUGUUAUAUUUGACAUGGAGCACAUGAAAAAUGCUGAUCAAUGA